AUGUGGGGAUUUCGCCAAUCCACAUUAGCAAACCUUUCUUUCAUACUCUUAUUUGCCAUCAAUUUGUCAGUAAGCCAUCUUUCAGCUUCUAAACACUUUCAAAAUGAGACUGAUUGUCUUGCUCUGCUUGAAUUCAAGAAUCAGAUAUACGACGACCCGUUUGAAGUGCUGAAUUCCUGGAACCAUUCACAACACCAUUGCGAGUGGGAAGGAGUCACAUGUAGUACUCGACAUCAGAGGGUCAUGGCCUUGACUCUAAGGGAUAAGCACUUGUCUGGAACUAUAUCACCUCAUGUUGGAAAUCUAAGCUUCAUGAGGUUCAUCCAUCUUGAGGAGAAUCAAUUCCGUGGUGAGAUUCCCCAAGAAUUCGGUCACCUCUUCAGGCUAAGAGUCUUGAACUUGUCAGGAAAAGCACUCAGUGGAAAAAUCCCAGCAAACCUGAGCUAUUGCUCAGAGAUGACUGCAAUUAGCCUAAUGAGCAACAGGCUAGAAGGGAAAAUUCCGAUUAAUCAGCUGAGCAAUUUGAAGAAGCUUGAACUUCUUAAUAUUUAUUCCAACAAUUUGACAGGAGAGAUUACCUCCUCCAUUGGGAACUUACCAUCACUGAUCACAGUCGUGCUCAGCUUCAACAAUCUGGGCGGAUAUUUGCCCAAGGAGAUGGGGCUCUUAAAAAAGCUUGCCAUAUUAAGACUUGGAGGAAAUAAACUGUCCGUAGCCGCCAAUUUCUUUCAUGGUAAUCUCCCAACCGACAUAGGUUUCACCCUACCAAAUCUGGUAGUAUUAGCUGUUGGGGAAAACAAGUUCUAUGGAAACCUUCCAGCUUCAAUCACCAAUGCUUCUGGGCUUGUAACACUUGAUCUUUCCAGAAAUAACUUUCAAGGCCAAGUUCCAGCUAAUUUAGGAGAUCUGACAAACCUUCAAAUAAUAAAUUUUUCUAUUAAUCUCUUCGGCAAUAAUUCUACCGGGGACUUGGAUUUUGUUGCAUCAUUGACCAACUGCAGUAAUCUAACAUCUCUUUCCUUGAGUGGCAAUAAUUUUGAAGGUGAAGAUUCGUUUAGUGGUUUUCUGCCUCGUGAAGUAGGAAAGCUUAUACAUUUGGUGGAUCUAGAUGUUUCCCAAAACCAACUUGCUGGAGGUAUACCCAUAUCUCUUGCUGAUUGUACAAAUCUGGAGAAUCUUUAUAUGCAAUCCAAUUUUUUCCAAGGAACAAUUCCACCAAAUUUGGCUUCUUUGAAGAGCAUCCAGCAAUUAGACCUUUCAAGUAAUAACUUGACUAGAUCAAUACCAAAGGAACUUGAGAAGCUUCAAUAUUUGAGGUACUUAAACCUUUCCUACAACGACAUCGAGGGAGAGGUACCAAACACGGAUUUUCAGCAAUGCAAGUCAAAUAUCAUUGAUUGGCAACAACAAACUCUGUGGAGGCAUUCCGGAAUUGGAGUUCCCACAUUGCCCAUGUUGUUAUAUCUCUUGGUAUAUCGAAUAAGAGAAAGAAGACUAGUGGCCAGAUUCUCUAGCAUGCCCACAAGAAUCGAUGAGCUCUUACGACUUUCUUACCAUGAACUUCUUCGUGCAACUUCAGGAUUUUCUCCAGAAAACUUAAUUGGUUCAGGAAAUUUUGGAGCCGUCUACAAAGGCAUUCUAGAAAAACUUGGCAAUAAGCUCGUAGCAGUCAAAGUCGUUCUUGAUCUUCAGAAGAAUGGGGCUUCCAAAAGUUUUAAGGCUGAGUGCAAAACAUUGAGAAACAUUCGCCAUACAAACCUCAUCUCUAUCGUGAGUCAUUGCUCCAAUAUUGAUUCCAAGGGGGAUGAAUUCAAAGCUCUAGUCUACGAGUUUAUGGAAAAUGGAAAUCUGGACCUAUGGCUGCAUCCAGAGACAACUGAUCAAGCAACAAGCUGCAGAAGUCUUAAUCUUAUUCAGAAGCUAAAUAUUGCAAUUGAUGUGGCUUCAGCAUUGCAAUAUCUUCACGACCACUACGACGCAGAGAUUGUUCAUUGUGAUCUAAAACCAAGUAACAUUCUUCACCCACGUGGGUGA